GCAAAAACUCAACAAAAUCCAAAAAUAACUCCAAUCAUUCCGCUAAACUUUCCCCGUUAAUUCUCGCACACAGGCAAAAAUGAAUCACGCAUUCGUCUUCUUCGUAACUUUCUGUUCUGGACACUGUUUCUUCGACAUACGAGAUAUAACGUCGGGCACUAUGAACCGGCUCCCCGGGGAGUUCGCAGCGGCCAUUAAGGACAUCGCGGAGGGCCUGCCCGCGAAAACGAUGACCGUUGUCCGGGGGAACUCGACGAAUUUAAGUGCCGAAGAUACGUACGAACUUUUCUGCUUGCUGAGCUUGCACUCGGUACAAGUUAUCAACUUGGACCUAAAGACGAAGGAGAACAAAGAAAAGUAUUACGCUUUCGUAAAAGAAGCUCUGGACGUCUCUGACGAGAGAACGAGUCUCAUACUCUGUGAGCCAUAUGAAUGCGAAGCAAUAUUAUCAGAGUUGACGGAAAACAACCUGAUCCACCGCACGAUCCUGUACCUGUUCUACUGGUCGUACGGGCCCGUCAGCGAGCGGUUCCUGCUCACCCUCUCGGAAGCCAUGAGGGUAGCUGUCGUCACCAACCCUCGGCCCGGUGUAUUCCGUAUUUACUACAACCAGGCUACGCCCCACCAAAUCCACCACCUUUCUCUAGUCAACUGGUGGUCAGGGACAUUGUACAAGUCACCAGUGCUGCCGCCAGCUGACAAGGUGUACCAUGACUUCAAGGGGAGGGUGUUUAGAGUACCCGUGUUACACGCCCCGCCCUGGCACUUCGUGAAGUACAACAACGACUCGACCGUAAACGUCACCGGGGGAAGAGACGACAAGCUACUGUCUCUGCUCGCCAAGAAACUAAACUUUCGGUACGAAUACUACGACCCGCCCGAAAGGAGCCAGGGAACAGGGAUUUCUGAGAACGGGACCCUUAAAGGCACGCUCGGCCUAAUCUGGAAGAGGAAAGCGGAUUUUUUUCUCGGUGACGUCUCAAUGACAUGGGAAGGUCUGCAAGCCGUGGAAUUCUCGUUCCUGACCCUGGCAGACUCUGGGGCCUUCCUGACUCAUGCACCAGCCAAGCUCAGCGAGACCCUGGCCAUCAUCAGACCCUUCCAAUGGGAGGUAUGGCCUUUGGUGUGUGCAACGCUGCUGGUGACGGGGCCGGCGUUGUGGGCGGUGAUCGCAGCGCCAUCUCUGUGGCGGAAGGGUCGGAAGAAUCAACUGGAGCUGUUCAGCAACUGCUGCUGGUUUACCACAUCUCUGUUCCUCAGACAAUCAUCAAGCAAAGAACCUUCCAGUACCCAUAAGGCUCGACUCGUCGCCGUCCUGAUAUCCUUAGGAGCCACCUACGUCAUCGGGGAUAUGUACUCAGCCAACCUGACAAGUCUGCUGGCCAGGCCUGCGCGAGAGGCGCCGAUAGGGACUCUGCAAGCUUUGGAAGAUGCGAUGAGAUACAAGGGAUACGAGCUGGUGGUCGAGCGGCAUAGCUCUUCCUUGGCUAUUUUGCAGAAUGGUACGGGGGUAUACGGACGGCUGGCGCGGCUGAUGCGCCGGCAGCGCGUCCAGCGCGUGCGCAGCGUUGAGGUCGGCGUGCGGCUCGUACUGGCGCGCCGGCGCGUCGCCGUGCUCGGCGGCCGGGAGACGUUGUACUACGACACAGAGCGCUUCGGCGCCCACAAUUUCCACCUGAGCGAGAAACUUUACACACGCUACUCGGCGAUCGCGCUGCAGAUAGGGUGCCCGUAUCUAGACACGUUCAACCAUGUCAUAAUGUCCCUAUUUGAAGCCGGCAUCAUAGCCAAGAUGACUAUGGACGAGUACAAGAACCUUCCGGAACACUCUCGAAGGUCCGACCCGGUCAGCGAGUCUGAUCAAGACAGCUCGGAACCUAAGGACUCCACUGGUACUACGUCACAGACGCAACAGGUCGAGUCGACGAAGGGCCUCACCCCCCUGUCGCUGAGCAUGCUUCGGGGCGCGUUCUGCUUGCUGGGGAUCGGCCAUUUACUGGCAGCUAUAGCCCUAGCAGUCGAGAUCCAACUCCACCGUCGUUCCAAAAAGAAGGGGACCAUAGAACAUUCACCAAGAAGGGUGGUCCGAGAGAGCGUUCUCAGUAAAGCAGACAAGUUCCUGAGAAGACUGUUCAGGCGGCUAGCUGCAGCUACUCACAGGCAGCUCGACAGAGCCUUGGGGCCUGCAGUUUAAAA